UUUACAAUCCAAGCAACCAAAUCAAAAAAGGAUGUCCUGGCUGUUGCCAUCACUACCAAGCUGGUCACGAGGCCCUGCGCCUUCCGAAGGGCCUAUGGAAGAAAAGACAGAAUCGAUUACGAAUGACCAAGCAGUCGAUGGUGACAGUGGUCUCGAUGCUCCGCCACCAUUCCCCAUGUUGAACUCCCAUCAACGCUCCAGGCCACUCCAAUCAUCGUCAAGUGCCUCUCCAACUACAAAAACAGACCCUCCCAGGGGAGCGCCAGUCCUUACAUUGUCCGUUGCCGUCUGCCCACCUUCUCCUACUAAGAGUGUCGAAGAAGAACCCUCAGAUCUCAACAUUGCCAUAAUACCGGACAAUAUCCCAAUAGGGGACAUGAAACCCCCUCAUAGCACAGUGAAGAAGCCGAAUUUUGGCAUUCAGCCUGGGGGCGAAGAUAAAUUGGGGGAAAAGGAGAAGUCUGAGGUCUCGACGAAGAAGAAGAGGGCAAAGGUUGCACUUACACCUGGCCAUUCGCCUCUGGACUGGGCUCGAUUAACUUCGAGCGGUCAGAACCUUCGUGGUGUUACCUCAUUUCAGCGAGUCACCCUUGCAGAGCUGAAAGAGCACAAUACGCCCGAUGAUGCAUGGUCAGCAUUCAAUGGAAUGGUGUAUAAUAUCACACCCUAUCUCCCCUUUCAUCCUGGAGGCGAAGAAGAUCUUAUGCGGGUUGCAGGUAGAGACGGGACACGGUUGUUCAUGUCAACACAUUCUUGGGUCAAUUUGGAUUUCAUGUUAAAGGAGUGUCUAGUCGGCAUGCUGGUUAGAAAUUAGAGAUUCGAAGUGCAGAGACAAUCACUUUUGACGAACCUUCUAGGGAAUAUUUUGGAUCUCCACUGUUGGUUACGAACAACUGGCCUUGUAAUUGCGUAACGUCUUUAUGUCAUGUCAUGUAUCAUUUGUAGUUUGCGUCGA